AUGUAUCCAGAAAUAUCGGACGGCGAAAUAGACUUCUCAAAUUUGGCCAGGGGGAUGCUUUGGACCAACGAUGUACAUGAAAUCGCUAUAGGCCAUCUACAAGUAGCUCCUUGUGAUACAUAUGAUAUGCGAAUUCCACUGAGGUUAAAUUUACUUGCCAGUUUGGCAUUCAAAAAAUAA